AUUUCAUACCGGUCUUCUUCUCCGUCUAGUCUUUCUCCUACCCGUUUCUGCCGGAAUAAAAAAAGUAAAAGAAUGAGAUGACAAAUCAACACUUCUAUCGCAAUUUACAAUCUUAAUUCAUAUAUCUCUCUCUCACACACACAAGAAUCAACGGAGAGAUCCACCAGUUCCAUAGCUUUUUGAAUCAGCACACCUUAUUGUUUGCAUCAGCCAGGCCUGAAUUAACGAUUUUGAUUUCCAAUUCGAUUGCUUAGUGUUUGUAUUUAUGUGAAUAUACACAAUUUUAUAUUUAAUUGAAUUUUUAGAGUGAGAAUGGCGAGGAGCAGAUCAUCGUCGAAUAGAUGGAGGUAUAUAAAUCCAGCUUACUAUUUGAAGCGACCUAAGCGUCUUGCGUUUCUCUUCAUUGCCUUCGUUUGUAUCUCCUUUUUCGUUUGGGAUCGACAGACUCUCGUCCGAGAGCACGAGGUGGAGGUUGCUCAAUUGAAUGAAGUAGUGCUUAGGCUGCAAAAUCUGCUGGAAGAGUCGGAUACUGUUAAAGAUGCUUUAGGUGGAAAGAGUUUUUCUGGCAUAGAAGGUAGUGGUGCAAAGAAAAAGAAAGGCAUCCAAGAAGACCCUAUUGAUGUUGAACGAAGACAAAAAGUAAAAGGUGCUAUGCUUCAUGCAUGGACAUCAUAUGAGAAAUAUGCAUGGGGUAAAGAUGAGCUUCAGCCACAGUCGAAGAAUGGUGUUGAUAGCUUUGGUGGUCUCGGUGCAACUCUUGUAGACUCUCUUGACACAUUAUAUAUUAUGGGUCUAGAUGAGCAGUUUCAGAGAGCUAGAGGAUGGGUUGCAGACUCAUUAAAUUUCAACAAGAGCUAUGAUGCUAGUGUAUUUGAGACAACCAUAAGAGUUGUGGGUGGACUUCUAAGUGCAUUUGAUCUCUCCGGUGAUAAAAUCUUCCUUGAAAAGGCCACAGACAUUGGUAACAGGCUACUGCCUGCUUGGGAUACAGCUACCGGCAUCCCAUUUAACAUUAUUAAUCUGGCGCAUGGAAAUCCACACAAUCCUGGUUGGACCAGAGGAGAUAGUAUCCUUGCUGAUUCUGGCACAGAGCAACUGGAAUUUAUUGCUCUUUCUCAGAGGACUGGUGACCCCAAAUAUCAGGAAAAGGCAGAGAAUGCUAUUUUACAGUUUAAUAAGACCUUUCCCCUUGAUGGCUUGCUUGGCAUUUAUAUUAAUCCACAUAGAGGGACACCAUCCUCAACUAUAACUUUUGGGGCCAUGGGGGAUAGCUUUUAUGAGUACUUACUUAAAGUCUGGAUACAGGGAAACAGAACUGCUGCUGUAAAGCUUUAUAGAGAUAUGUGGGAGACAUCAAUGACAGGCUUACUGAGUUUGGUCAAGAAAACCACACCAUCAUCAUUUACAUAUAUUGCAGAGAAGAAUGGAGAUUCUAUAAUUGACAAGAUGGAUGAAUUAGCAUGUUUUGCUCCAGGAAUGAUAGCAUUGGGGGCGUCUGGUUAUGGUCCUGACAAGUCCCAGCAAUUCCUAACCUUAGCAGAAGAGCUGGCAUGGACGUGCUAUAACUUUUACCAGUCUACGCCUACAAAAUUGGCCGGAGAGAACUACUUUUUCCAUGCGGGGCAGGAUAUGACUGUCGGUACCUCGUGGAACAUAUUGAGGCCAGAGACAGUUGAAUCUCUCUUUUAUCUCUGGCGGUUGACUGGCAACAAGACAUACCAAGACUGGGGUUGGGAUAUUUUUGAAGCAUUCGAGAAGAACUGUCGCAUAGAGUCUGGAUAUGUUGGAUUGAAGGAUGUUAAUAGCGGAGUAAAGGACGACAUGAUGCAGAGCUUCUUCCUUGCAGAAACGCUUAAAUAUCUUUAUCUACUUUUUUCACCUACUUCUGUUAUCUCGUUGGACGAGUGGGUUUUCAACACAGAAGCCCACCCCCUAAGAAUUGUCACACGACCCCUAGAAGGAGUCAAUAGUGAAGCAUCAGAUGGACAACAUAAACCAAAGUCGCAUGCUCGGAAGGAAGGUCGCUUUGGCCAUCUAUAGAUUAUUAGUAUAUGUUGUUUUUAUAUAUAUUUAAAGUUGGUUAAAUUUUUGGGCUUUAAUCACAUAUAGGGGGUAGAGGUGGUUUGAUAGAUUGAUAGAUCUGGUGAACAAUUUAUGCUUACUCAACGCAACCUAUUGUUUCACUCGUAGAUACAUAUUGCUCAGUUAAUACGAGUUUGUAGGAUCAUUGGAUUUUACACCCUGCAUUGCGGCUGCUAUGUGUUCAAGGAGUCCCUGAGCCUUGGAACAUGAAGAAUAUAUAUAUAUAUGUAUAAUCUUAGUCUUUUUACUGAUUUCAGUUUAUUAGCAUGGAUAGUGACAUUUUCAUUGUGCCAGUGUCAGCGUCUUGUGCUCAGUGAAUAAAGCUAGACGAUGCUUGGCAUCAUUUGUAUUGAAAAUGCAAGAAUUGUGUAAUGCAAGGGGGGCUUAGAAUUGAAUAUUGCUCUGGAACUAAAAUUGCUGCUCUAGAUUUAACA